GAUCAAGGAUAUUAAUGAAAUAUUAAACAAGAACGAAUACCACUCUCCUGAAGAGAGUGAUCCGAAGAAUGAUCCAAACGCAUCCACAGACCGCAAAAACCUUUUUGUUUACAAAUUAUCAUGGAGAUCUGAUGAAUACGUGGAAAAAUAUUUUCCAGAAAAUAAGAGAGUACGUCCUCGUAUCCUUAAAGAUGAAUUUUGGAAAAAUAAGAAAGCACCACCAAAUUUAAUUUGGUGGACACUUAAAGACGGAAAGCGAGAAUCUCUCUCAGUCCAUAAAUCUAUUGACGAAGAAUCAGAUGAUGAGUCGGAAUCAGAGAGCGAAGAGGAGGAACAAAGUCAACAAAGUCAACAAAGUCAACAAAGUUAUGGUCUCAACGUCGAUAAAUUAGAUAUAAAUGCUGAAUCUGAUGAAGAAGAAGAGGGUGAGGAUGAG